AUGGCGUUUGCUGUUCUCAGUUUGAGCCUCAUUGCUCCAGCUGUUGUGGAAGCCGUGCAAUGCUGCCUUGAAAGUGUCACAAUCACCACCCGCGAGUACGUUGCAAAUGGUUACCAUCAUGAGAGUAUCACCAACUUUUACGCAGCAGAGGUGGUCAACUGCUCUGGCACAGUUUGCAACUCCGAAAGUUCGUGCUCUUCGCCCCAGAUCAACGACGGCAUGGGGUUCACUAUCUAUCCAGAUCACGGGACCCAAGUUGUACCAUAUGACCACACAUGUUGGACAAAGAGCCUCAUGUGCAAAACGCUGAUAGGGCGGCGGUGUGCGACGUCUUCGAAUGAUUACGAUCCCCGAGUACGAUCAGAGGCGACAAACUCGAGCAACCUCACUUUGUUCCCGUGA